GGAGGUUUGACUGCUUUCCUAUCUGCCAUUCGGCUGGGUUGUAAAACGGAUUACCAUAAAUAAAGGCCCCCUUCUAGGUCCUUUAACAAUACGUCUGACCUGCGUUCCUAAGUGCCCUUGGGCCUAGUCGCAAACUAUGUUUGCAGGCGCCAGGGCAAAGGCCCUGGGCGCUCUGCUCCUCGCGCUCGCUCUUGUUAUCCAUACCCAAGUCGCUCAGGCCACCCGCGUUGCUGUGCUCACGAGCGAGACUAAUGGCGCCCCAUUCUUGCGUUCGAAUGGCCUAGCUAGUGUUAUUAGCCAGUUGCGCAGCUUCGGCUGUGAAGUGCGGGAAGCCCAUUUCGGCAUCGCCGCCAGCAGGCUCGCGGGGGAUGUUGACGCCCUUAUUAUUGCUAGCCAAGUUUCUGAACCCAUUCACGUAGACCGGCACAGCAGUGAUGCGAUUGCGUCCUUCGUGUCAUCCGGUGGAUUGCUGCUUCUCUUGGGCAGUACCCACGGCGACAGUGUGGGGCUCGACUUUGUGGCAUCGGCUUUAAGGUUACAAGGCCAUUGGGUCGGUUGUCAGCCAGUAAAAACAAAAGACCUUGGCGCGCCCUUGCUCAGCGCCUACGCUCGUUCGUUCCUGUCGCUUGACAACUGGCAUGGCGAGGAGGACUUACCUGAAGCUCUUGAAAGUGUUGGCUCCAAUGCCUACAUGUCGUGGUGCCGCCAUCAAGAUGUCGAUGCCGCUGUUGUACCACUGUACACCGCCCAGGGUGACGUGACGAAGGUUGCCGUACAGGGCUUCAAGAAGGUUGGCAACCCUGGUGCAGUUGUGUGGUUGGGUUACAAGCCUUACAACUGGGAGGGUGGCCAGCAGCCCCAAUGGAACAGCCUCCUGCAAAAGCUAGUUGCUUACCACUCUAAAGGCUCCAGGCUAGAGACAGCUCAAACCCUGGCCAUCAAGCAAGGCACCGAGAUUGUGCCACGGCGUUCACUGCUUGAUGAACCCUCAUUGCCCCCUCCACCAUCGCCCGCCCCUUCCCCCGACCCGCCUUCUCCUCCCCCUCCACCAUCGCCCGCCCCUUCCCCCGACCCGCCUUCGCCUCCCCCUCCACCAUCGCCCGCCCCUUCCCCCGACCCGCCUUCGCCUCCCCCUCCACCAUCUCCCGCCACUUCCCCCGAACCGCCUUCGCCUCCCCCUCCACCAUCGCCCGCCCCUUCCCCCGACCCACCUUCUCCUCCCCCUCCACCAUCGCCCGCCCCUUCCCCCGACCCGCCUUCGCCUCCCCCUCCACCAUCGCCCGCCCCUUCCCCCGACCCGCCUUCGCCUCCCCCUCCACCAUCGCCCGCCCCUUCCCCCGAACCGCCUUCGCCUCCCCCUCCACCAUCGCCCGCCCCUUCCCCCGACCCGCCUUCGCCUCCCCCUCCACCAUCGCCCGCCCCUUCCCCCGACCCGCCUUCUCCUCCCCCUCCACCAUCGCCCGCCCCUUCCCCCGACCCGCCUUCGCCUCCCCCUCCACCAUCGCCCGCCCCUUCCCCCGACCCGCCUUCGCCUCCCCCUCCACCAUCUCCCGCCCCUUCCCCUGAGCCGCCUUCGCCUCCCCCUCCACCAUCGCCCGCCCCUUCCCCCGACCCGCCUUCUCCUCCCCCUCCACCAUCGCCCGCCCCUUCCCCCGAACCGCCUUCGCCUCCCCCUCCACCAUCGCCCGCCCCUUCCCCCGACCCACCUUCUCCUCCCCCUCCACCAUCGCCCGCCCCUUCCCCCGACCCGCCUUCUCCUCCCCCUCCACCAUCUCCCGCCCCUUCCCCUGAGCCGCCUUCGCCUCCCCCUCCACCAUCUCCCGCCCCUUCCCCCGACCCGCCUUCGCCUCCCCCUCCACCAUCUCCCGCCCCUUCCCCUGAGCCGCCUUCGCCUCCCCCUCCACCAUCGCCCGCCCCUUCCCCCGACCCGCCUUCGCCUCCCCCUCCACCAUCGCCCGCCCCUUCCCCCGAACCGCCUUCGCCUCCCCCUCCACCAUCUCCCGCCCCUUCCCCCGACCCGCCUUCGCCUCCCCCUCCACCAUCUCCCGCCCCUUCCCCCGACCCGCCUUCGCCUCCCCCUCCACCAUCUCCCGCCCCUUCCCCCGACCCGCCUUCUCCUCCCCCUCCACCAUCGCCCGCCCCUUCCCCCGACCCGCCUUCGCCUCCCCCUCCACCAUCUCCCGCCCCUUCCCCCGACCCGCCUUCGCCUCCCCCUCCACCAUCGCCCGCCCCUUCCCCCGACCCGCCUUCGCCUCCCCCUCCACCAUCGCCCGCCCCUUCCCCUGAGCCGCCUUCGCCUCCCCCUCCACCAUCUCCCGCCCCUUCCCCCGACCCGCCUUCGCCUCCCCCUCCACCAUCGCCCGCCCCUUCCCCUGACCCGCCUUCUCCUCCCUCUCCACCAUCGCCCGCCCCUUCCCCUGACCCGCCUUCUCCUCCCCCUCCACCAUCGCCCGCCCCUUCCCCCGACCCGCCUUCGCCUCCCCCUCCACCAUCGCCCGCCCCUUCCCCCGACCCGCCUUCGCCUCCCCCUCCACCAUCUCCCGCCCCUUCCCCUGAGCCGCCUUCUCCUCCCCCUCCACCAUCGCCCGCCCCUUCCCCCGACCCGCCUUCUCCUCCCCCUCCACCAUCUCCCGCCCCUUCCCCCGACCCGCCUUCGCCUCCCCCUCCACCAUCGCCCGCCCCUUCCCCCGACCCGCCUUCUCCUCCCCCUCCACCAUCGCCCGCCCCUUCCCCCGACCCGCCUUCUCCUCCCCCUCCACCAUCGCCCGCCCCUUCCCCCGACCCGCCUUCGCCUCCCCCUCCACCAUCGCCCGCCCCUUCCCCCGACCCGCCUUCUCCUCCCCCUCCACCAUCUCCCGCCCCUUCCCCUGAGCCGCCUUCGCCUCCCCCUCCACCAUCUCCCGCCCCUUCCCCCGACCCGCCUUCGCCUCCCCCUCCACCAUCGCCCGCCCCUUCCCCUGACCCGCCUUCUCCUCCCUCUCCACCAUCGCCCGCCCCUUCCCCUGACCCGCCUUCUCCUCCCCCUCCACCAUCGCCCGCCCCUUCCCCCGACCCGCCUUCGCCUCCCCCUCCACCAUCGCCCGCCCCUUCCCCCGACCCGCCUUCGCCUCCCCCUCCACCAUCUCCCGCCCCUUCCCCUGAGCCGCCUUCUCCUCCCCCUCCACCAUCGCCCGCCCCUUCCCCCGACCCGCCUUCUCCUCCCCCUCCACCAUCUCCCGCCCCUUCCCCCGACCCGCCUUCGCCUCCCCCUCCACCAUCGCCCGCCCCUUCCCCCGACCCGCCUUCUCCUCCCCCUCCACCAUCGCCCGCCCCUUCCCCCGACCCGCCUUCGCCUCCCCCUCCACCAUCGCCCGCCCCUUCCCCCGACCCGCCUUCGCCUCCCCCUCCACCAUCUCCCGCCCCUUCCCCUGAGCCGCCUUCGCCUCCCCCUCCACCAUCGCCCGCCCCUUCCCCCGACCCGCCUUCGCCUCCCCCUCCACCAUCGCCCGCCCCUUCCCCCGACCCACCUUCUCCUCCCCCUCCACCAUCGCCCGCCCCUUCCCCCGACCCGCCUUCUCCUCCCCCUCCACCAUCGCCCGCCCCUUCCCCCGACCCGCCUUCGCCUCCCCCUCCACCAUCGCCCGCCCCUUCCCCCGACCCGCCUUCGCCUCCCCCUCCACCAUCGCCCGCCCCUUCCCCCGACCCGCCUUCGCCUCCCCCUCCACCAUCUCCCGCCCCUUCCCCUGAGCCGCCUUCUCCUCCCCCUCCACCAUCGCCCGCCCCUUCCCCCGACCCGCCUUCGCCUCCCCCUCCACCAUCGCCCGCCCCUUCCCCCGACCCGCCUUCUCCUCCCCCUCCACCAUCGCCCGCCCCUUCGCCCGACCCGCCUUCGCCUCCCCCUCCACCAUCGCCCGCCCCUUCCCCCGACCCGCCUUCGCCUCCCCCUCCACCAUCGCCCGCCCCUUCCCCUGACCCGCCUUCUCCUCCGCCUCCACCAUCGCCCGCCCCUUCCCCCGACCCGCCUUCUCCUCCCCCUCCACCAUCGCCCGCCCCUUCCCCCGACCCGCCUUCGCCUCCCCCUCCACCAUCGCCCGCCCCUUCCCCCGACCCGCCUUCGCCUCCCCCUCCACCAUCUCCCGCCCCUUCCCCUGAGCCGCCUUCGCCUCCCCCUCCACCAUCUCCCGCCCCUUCCCCCGACACGCCUUCGCCUCCCCCUCCACCAUCUCCCGCCCCUUCCCCUGAGCCGCCUUCGCCUCCCCCUCCACCAUCGCCCGCCCCUUCCCCCGACCCGCCUUCGCCUCCCCCUCCACCAUCGCCCGCCCCUUCCCCCGACCCGCCUUCUCCUCCCCCUCCACCAUCGCCCGCCCCUUCCCCCGACCCGCCUUCGCCUCCCCCUCCACCAUCGCCCGCCCCUUCCCCCGACCCGCCUUCGCCUCCCCCUCCACCAUCUCCCGCCCCUUCCCCUGAGCCGCCUUCUCCUCCCCCUCCACCAUCGCCCGCCCCUUCCCCCGACCCGCCUUCUCCUCCCCCUCCACCAUCUCCCGCCCCUUCCCCCGACCCGCCUUCUCCUCCCCCUCCACCAUCGCCCGCCCCUUCGCCCGACCCGCCUUCGCCUCCCCCUCCACCAUCGCCCGCCCCUUCCCCCGACCCGCCUUCGCCUCCCCCUCCACCAUCGCCCGCCCCUUCCCCCGACCCGCCUUCGCCUCCCCCUCCACCAUCGCCCGCCCCUUCCCCCGACCCGCCUUCGCCUCCCCCUCCACCAUCGCCCGCCCCUUCCCCCGAACCGCCUUCGCCUCCCCCUCCACCAUCGCCCGCCCCUUCCCCCGACCCGCCUUCGCCUCCCCCUCCACCAUCGCCCGCCCCUUCCCCCGACCCGCCUUCUCCUCCCCCUCCACCAUCGCCCGCCCCUUCCCCCGACCCGCCUUCGCCUCCCCCUCCACCAUCGCCCGCCCCUUCCCCCGACCCGCCUUCGCCUCCCCCUCCACCAUCUCCCGCCCCUUCCCCUGAGCCGCCUUCGCCUCCCCCUCCACCAUCGCCCGCCCCUUCCCCCGACCCGCCUUCUCCUCACCCUCCAUCACCACCCUCCAGCCCGCUGCCGCCCCCACCCUCUUACCCGCUGCCGCCCCCGCCGUCCAGCCCGCUGCCGCCCCCGCCCUCCAGCCCGCUGCCGCCGCCGCCCUCCAGCCCGCUGCCGCCCCCACCGACCAGCCCGCUGCCGCCCCCACCAUCCAGCCCGCUGCCGCCUCCACCAUCCAGCCCGCUGCCGCCCCCGCCGUCCAGCCCAAUGCCACCCCCACCCUCCUACCCGCUGCCGCCCCCACCCUCCAGCCCGCUGCCGCCCCCACCAUUCAGCCCGCUGCCGCCCCCACCCUCCAGCCCGCUGCCGCCCCCACCAUCCAGCCCGCUGCAGCCCCCGCCGUCCAGCCCGCUGCCGCCCCCACCAUCCAGCCCGCUGCCGCCCCCACCAUCCAGCCCGCUGCCGCCCCCGCCCUCCAGCCCGCUGCCGCCGCCGCCCUCCAGCCCGCUGCCGCCCCCACCAUCCAGCCCGCUGCCGCCCCCGCCCUCCAGCCCGCUGCCGCCGCCGCCCUCCAGCCCGCUGCCGCCCCCACCUUCCAGCCCGCUGCCGCCCCCACCCUCCUACCCGCUGCCGCCGCCGCCUUCCUACCCGCUUCCGCCCCCGCCGUCCAGCCCGCUGCCGCCCCCGCCCUCCAGCCCGCUGCCGCCCCCGCCCUCCAGACCGCUGCCGCCCCCUCCAUCCAGCCCGCUGCCGCCCCCGCCCUCCAGCCCGCUGCUGCCCCCACCCUCCAGCCCGCUGCCGCCCCCACCAUCCAGCCCGCUGCAGCCCCCGCCGUCCAGCCCGCUGCCGCCGCCGCCCUCCAGCCCGCUGCCGCCCCCACCUUCCAGCCCGCUGCCGCCCCCACCAUCCAGCCCGCUGCCGCCGCCGCCUUCCUACCCGCUUCCGCCCCCACCGUCCAGCCCGCUGCCGCCCCCGCCCUCAAGCCCGCUGCCGCCCCCACCGUCCAGCCCGCUGCCGCCCCCGCCCUCCAGCCCGCUGCCACCCCCACCUUCCAGCCCGCUGCCGCCCCCACCAUCCAGCCCACUGCCGCCCCCGCCCUCCAGCCCACUGCCACCCCCACCCUCCUACCCGCUUCCGCCCCCGCCGUCCAGCCCGCUGCCGCCCCCACCGUCCAGCCCGCUGCCGCCUCCACCCUCCAGCCCGCUGCCACCCCCGCCGUCCAGCCCGCUGCCGCCCCCACCCUCCAGCCCGCUGCCGCCCCCGCCCUCCAGCCCGCUGCCGCCCCCACCCUCCUACCCGCUGCCGCCCCCACCGUCCAGCCCGCUGCCGCCCCCACCCUCCAGCCCGCUGCCGCCCCCACCCUCCUACCCGCUGCCGCCCCCACCAUCCAGCCCGCUGCCGCCCCAACCCUCCAGCCCGCUGCCGCCCCCACCAUCCUACCCGCUGCCGCCCCCGCCGUCCAGCCCGCUGCCGCCGCCGCCCUCCAGCCCGCUGCCGCCCCCACCGUCCAGCCCGCUGCCGCCUCCACCCUCCAGCCCGCUGCCGCCCCCGCCGACCAGCCCACUGCCGCCCCCGCCCUCCAGCCCACUGCCGCCCCCACCCUCCAGCCCGCUGCCGCCCCCACCCUCCUACCCGCUUCCGCCCCCUCCAUCCAGCCCGCUGCCGCUUCCACCCUCCAGCCCGCUGCCACCCCCACCCUCCUACCCGCUUCCGCCCCCACCGUCCAGCCCGCUGCCACCCCCGCCGUCCAGCCCGCUGCCGCUCCCGCCCUCCAGCCCACUGCCACCCCCACCCUCCUACCCGCUGCCGCCCCCGCCCUCCAGCCCGCUGCCGCCCCCACCGUCCAGCCCGCUUCCGCCCCCGCCCUCCAGCCCGCUGCCGCCCCCGCCCUCCAGCCCGCUGCUGCCCCCACCCUCCUACCCGCUGCCGCCCCCGCCCUCCAGCCCGCUGUCGCCCCCACCGUCCAGCCCGCUGCCGCCCCCACCCUCCAGCCCGCUGCCGCCCCCACCGUCCAGCCCGCUGCCACCCCCGCCGUCCAGCCCGCUGCCGCCCCCGCCCUCCAGCCCGCUGCCGCCCCCGCCCUCCAGCCCGCUGCUGCCCCCACCCUCCUACCCGCUGCCGCCCCCGCCCUCCAGCCCGCUGUCGCCCCCACCGUCCAGCCCGCUGCCUACCCCUCCAUCCAGCCCGCUGCCGCCCCCGCCCUCCAGCCCGCUGCCACCCCCACCCUCCUACCCGCUGCCGCCCC